UCUCUCUCUCUCUCUCUCCGAUGGGUGAGAGGAGUGCUGUCACCUUCUCUACCGCGCUCCCCACUUGCGGACCCACACUAACGGAGUUAAGUAACAGUUUGAAAUAACGCAAAGAAGAGGGAAAAUGCGCGAUUGCCAACAAAAGGAAUAUCUAACCAAGCUCAAAGGCAAAAUCCAAUGCUGUGGAUCUCCAUGAGUAUCCAGAAGGAGCUCCCUGCUGCCCCUUCAUGCCUCUUUCUGGUCUCUGACAUCCUCUCUUCACCCUCUCUCUCCCCACCUGACCAUCACACCUCUUCAGUCUUCCCUUAAAUGAUGUCGUCCGCAGUCCGAGCUCUUCUCCUGGUUCUGUUGGGGGCCGGAGUGCUGCUCUCCAGCGGAGACUCUCCCCGCAGGGAAAUUAAGAUAGACGGAGACAUAGUGCUGGGCGGUCUCUUUCCCAUCCAUGAAAAGGGUCAGGGCAUGGAUGAAUGCGGCCGUAUCAAUGAAGACCGUGGUAUCCAACGUCUCGAAGCCAUGCUCUUCGCCAUCGAUCAGAUCAAUCUGGACGUGGGUCUGCUGCCAGGCGUGGCGCUGGGCGUCCAUAUCCUGGACACGUGCUCGCGGGACACGUACGCUCUGGAACAGGCGCUGGAGUUCGUCAGGGCGUCUCUUACAAAAGUGGACGAUACUGAGUUUAUCUGUCCAGAUGGCUCCUACGCAUUUCAGGAAGACAGUCCUCUAGCCAUAACAGGUGUCAUCGGAGGAUCAUAUAGCAGUGUCUCUAUACAGGUCGCCAACCUGCUACGGUUAUUCCAAAUUCCUCAGAUCAGCUACGCUAGCACCAGCGCCAAGCUCAGCGAUAAAUCCCGCUACGACUAUUUUGCACGCACCGUACCUCCCGACUUCUACCAGGCCAAGGCCAUGGCCGAGAUCCUGCGUGCCUUUAACUGGACCUACGUUUCUACUGUUGCCUCCGAGGGUGACUACGGAGAGACAGGUAUAGAAGCGUUUGAGCAACAAGCCAGGUUGAGAAACAUCUGCAUCGCCACAUCGGAGAAAGUGGGCCGAUCGAGCGCGAAGCGUUCUUCGUAUGAGGCAGUCAUCCUUCAGCUCCUACAAAAGCCCACGGCUCGCGUCGCCGUGCUGUUUCUGCGUAGCGACGAUGCACGAGAACUUAUAGCGGCCGCUGCCCGCCUAAACGCGUCUUUCCUCUGGGUGGCCAGCGACGGCUGGGGGGCGCAAGAGAGCAUCGUGAAAGGGAACGAGUUCGCGGCGGACGGUGCGAUCACGUUAGAGUUGUCCGCUCACCCUAUACCUGAAUUUAACCGGUUUUUCCAGAGCCUAACCCCGCUUAACAACCAUCGCAACCCGUGGUUUAAAGAUUUCUGGGAGCAAAAGUUUCAAUGCUCACUGGGCGGGACUUCCUCAGCAGGGACCGGGACACCAAAGCCACCAUGUGACCCGGAAUUGACAGUGAACGAUUCAAACUUUGAGCCUGAAUCGAAAAUUAUGUUUGUGGUAAACGCCGUGUACGCCAUGGCGCAUGCCUUGCACCGCAUGCAGCGAAGUUUGUGCGUCAACACGACACGGCUAUGCGAUGCCAUGCGCAGUCUUGAUGGCAGAAAGCUCUACCGGGACUACCUGCUUCACGUCAACUUCAGAGCUCCAUUCUCUCCACCUGGCUCAGAGAACCAAGUCAAAUUUGACGCAUAUGGUGAUGGGAUAGGACGCUACAACAUCUUCAACUAUCAGCGUGUGCCAGGCAGCGACAAGUAUGCUUAUAUCAAGGUGGGAGAGUGGGCGGAGAGUCUUUCCCUUAACGAGGCCAUGAUUGGCUGGCCGAGGGGAGCAGACUUGCCCACCUCUCAAUGCAGCGACCCGUGCGCUCCCAAUGAGAUGAAAAAGAUGCAAGCGGGGGAAUACUGCUGCUGGAUCUGUACUCCGUGCGAGUCCUACGAAUACCUGCCUGACGAAUUCACCUGCAUGCCCUGUGCACCCGGCCAGUGGCCCCGUCCUGAUCUGACCGGAUGCUAUGACCUGCCGGAGGACUACAUCAUGUGGGAGGACGCUUGGGCCAUCGGGCCCAUCUCUAUCGCGUGCGUGGGCUUCAUCUGCACCUUAAUGGUCUUCGUCUUUUUUAUUCGGCACAACGACACGCCGCUGGUCAAAGCGUCUGGCCGUGAGCUGUGCUAUAUUUUGCUUCUGGGCGUCUCCAUGUCUUACACAAUGACUUUUAUUUUCAUCGCCAAACCGUCGCCUGUCAUUUGCACGCUACGCCGGUUAGGCCUCGGCACCUCGUUCGCCGUGUGCUACUCCGCCCUGCUCACGAAGACCAAUCGCAUCGCUCGAAUCUUCAGCGGAGUGAAAGAGGGCGGGGCUCAGCGGCCUCGCUUCAUAAGUCCCAGCUCGCAGGUUUUCAUUUGUUUGUCACUGAUCUCAGCGCAGCUGUUGCUGGUGUCCGUCUGGUUCCUGCUGGAGGUGCCCGGCACACGGCGGUUUACCACGCCGGAGAAACGCCAGACUGUCAUAUUGAAAUGUAACGUACGGGACUCUAGCAUGCUGCUGUCGCUGAGCUACGACGUGGUUUUGGUGGUGCUCUGCACGGUCUACGCCUUUAAGACCCGCAAGUGUCCGGAGAACUUCAACGAAGCGAAGUUCAUCGGCUUCACCAUGUACACUACCUGCAUCAUCUGGCUGGCCUUCCUGCCCAUCUUCUAUGUUACCUCCAGCGAUUACAGGGUCCAAACCACGACCAUGUGCAUAUCUGUCAGUCUGAGUGGAUUUGUGGUGCUGGGAUGCAUGUUUGCUCCUAAAGUCCACAUCAUCAUGUUCCAGCCGCAGAAGAACGUCACCAGUCAUCGACUGAACAUGAAUCGCUUUAGCGUGAGCGGGCCUACCACCAGCUAUGCUUCCCAUGCAUCUGUGAGCGCCAACUACGUUCCCACAGUGUGCAACGGCCGAGAGAUUGUCGACUCCACCACUUCCUCUCUGUGACCCCGCCCCCUCCAAAAACUCCUCCUCCAUAGCGACUGUUAGCCAAUCAGCACACAUUGUGCUCCGCCCAAGAACUAGGUUUGCCUACAGUGUGUAGAAAGUGUGUAUUAUGAGUACUAUUAAAUUAUUUUUAGGGCUCGUUGUAAAUAUUAACUGACAUUGUUGUAGAGAAACAAAAGAACAAAAAAAAACCUUUUUAGAGAGAUUUUGGAAACUUUUGUUUGAUAGAUUUAUUACGUUUGUUGUAAACGGCCAUGACGUGAUGAUGUAAACGUUUUUCAUUGGGCCACAGUAGUGACUGACAGACCGGCUCCGCCUGCAAUACUGGACACAAUUUGUGGUUGUUUUCUUUUGUAGGCCUCAUUGUAAUACCCUAAACUGUAUGUAUUUCUAUGUUGUAUAUAUUUUGUACAGAAUCUAAACCGAUGGUUUUAACAGCACAAGUUGACAGUAUAGAGUUUUGCUGAUAGGGUCACGCAGAGGGCGAGCGCUCAUGCUUUCAACUUCACGUCGUCUCAUUGUAGGCAUUGGAUGAUAUUGGAGGUUAUGACAUCAUUAAACUUUCAAAACGUGUAAAAGCAUAUUACAUUAACUGCAUCUAAUGAAGCGACGUGUUUAAGGAUGCGAGCAUGUUUAUGUUGAGGCGCAGAUAUGUAUUAAUGUUUACACUACCUUGAUGACAAGCCUUCUGUGAAUGAGAGAAUAAGUGCUGUAGUGAGCUACUCAUCUUAUCUACUGAUUUGAUAAAGUCGACAUACACUCCUUUGUCAGGUGCACAAUCUGAAACUGUUCUGCACACGUGAACCUUUCAACAGCAGAACGUGGGCUGGAGAAAGCACCGUUUGUUGAAUAUCGCUGCUGUCCUUCUGAAAUCGCCAUGUUUCGUGAUUUUUAUUUUUUGCCAUAAAUCAUUAUAAUUAGUCACCCUUUGUUUUGCAAAUAUUUAACCAACAAAAAGUGCUUGUUAACUCUGACAACACAGUAUUUAAUCAUUUAAAAAGUACAGUGUUUUUUUUUUUAUUUCCAGAAAAACAGCAAAUUUGGACAUACAAGGUUUCAAAAGGACAGCGACGAUAUGCUGAAUUACAAACCAGAACCUGUAAAGUCGUAAAUACAGUUGUGUGACGUACGUUUAUGAACACAUUGCAGAAUCUGAAAAAUGUUUAUAAUGUAAGAAAAAUAAGAGAAAUCGCAAUAUUAUAAAUACAUUUGUUUUUAAAUCACCUAUUCAAAAGUUUACAAAGCUGACUUUUAAAUGCAUUAUGUUGCCUUCAGUGAAUGUGCGAGUCUCUCAAAUGUGCAAAGAUCUCAACAUCAUACAGUCACUAAUGCAAAAAGAGUCAAGAAAGAAGAUGGAAAAACAAGCAUUUUUCUAAAGAACAGUAAACAGUUUAAUGGCUCAGAUCAAACAAGAGACAACUAUCACAAAACAUUGGAAAAAACCAUUGAUCAUUCAGGUAACAUCGCAAAGUAUUUAAAACCAAACAUUAUUACACCAU